AUGGACAAGUUUGUUGAGAUGGGCAAGGAAUUCCUUGAGCAGCGCUCCGGCUCUGGCUCUAACUCUGGCUACCAAGGUAUCCAGCUCCCUCCCGGAAACAAGGCAUACGGAGGCAACUAUCCCGCCGGCGGCGACUUCCACAACGAAGACGAGGAACUCCGCAGCGCCCACCAGCACGCCCAGCAGUACGCCGGCUCGUCUGGCAGCAGCGACAUCUUCUCCUCAGUCAUCAGCAGCAUCGGCCAGAAGAAGGGCCGCCUGGCUGAGGACGACAUUGACGAGCAGGAUGCCAUCAACAAGCACAAGCAGACCUACGAACAGGACGCCGAUAAUCUAGACUCCGGCAGCCUCGGCUCCGCGGCCGCUCUCCAGGCGCUCAAGAAGUUCACGCAGGGCGAGACGGGCGGCAACCAGAGCCAGGGGGCGUUUCUGGGCCUGGCCAUGUCCGAGGCCAGCAAGCUCUUCGACUCCAAGGCCGCCAACGGAAAGGUUUCCUCCGAGGCAAGCAAGGAGUCUGCAAUUCAGCAGGCGGGGGAGCUGGCGUUGAAGAUGUAUAUGAAGAGUCAGGGCGGGGGUCAGCAGGGUCCUUCUGGUUUGCUGGGGAUUGCUUCCAAGUUUUUCUGA